AGUGUGGCUCAGUGCCCGGGCAGCGCGGGCAGUGGUACGCCUCACUGGCCCUCUCGUUCCUCGUGAAAUGAGUUAAAAGCUUGUUGAGAAGUUGAAUGCAUAAUACAGUUUGGACGCAGAAUUUCCCGAAAAUGCCCGAGCCAAGACCUCGCGCCCCGCCUUGUGGUUGAGCAUGUGAGGGCGAGCGGAGCAUGAGCCGAGCGCUCUCGUGUACCCGCGGCUGCGAGUCCCUGCGAGCGUAGAGAAGGAGGCGGAGCCGAGACAGUGUGGGCGUAGAGACAGCGUGGGCGUGAGGGCAAGAAGCCAGAGGCGGCGGUAGCAAGGCUGGUGAUGGUGAGGGCGGCGAGGGAAAGGCCCUGGGGCAUGGGCGGGCCGCCGCGCCGCACAUGAGGGAGGAGCCCUGCCUGUGAGCGGUUCGAGGACGCCCCCGCGCCGCGCCCUGGCCACGCCCCCUGGCCCCACCCCCUGGCCCCGCCCCCUGCCGCCAUGCUGAAGCAGCCCGGGGGCACAGACGCCGCCAUGUGCGUCCCUGACGAGCGCCCCCGCAAGAAGCUGUCCUUCCGCGAGCCCGAGGUCGUCGCGCCCUCCAGAAACGGCGGCCACGCCCACGGCGCCUCCCUCAGGCACCCGCCCCCCAGUCCCGCUCACUCGGCCCUGCACGCCCCACACCACUCGCACCACGCCCUCCGCCACAACCUCGGCCGCCCGCACAGCAUCGCCGGCAUCGUGGGCUUGGGCGGGCUGAGCGCCCUGGGCGGCGUCCCCGGCGUGGCCAACCCCGGGCCGGCGUCGGGCGCUCAGUGCGUCACCUCGCCCGGCGCCGCCAGCGUCUCGGGCGUCACGUCCAUGCUGGGCAACCCCGGCCUGCUCGGCCCCCCCUGCGUGCCCGGCGUGCUGCCCGGCCCCGCCACGCCCAUCCUGACCCCGCCCACCAGCCCCACCCACGCGCCCGCCGCCCCGGCCAAGGGCGGGCCUGGCGCCCAGCCGGCGACAGCCAGUGGCAAGUCGGCGGCGCCCUCGCUCCCCUCCGCGGCGCCGGCGAAGGCCGCUCCCCCGCCCGCGUCCGCCAAAACCGGCGGCACUCCGCCCGCCGCCCCAGCGCUGAGGAUGUCGGCUGCUCAGCCUCCCACGCCCCCGGUGAAGGCGGGUCCCAGCCCGCUGGCCACGCCCACGCCCAAGACACCUGUCAGCCCGGGCUCCUCCAAGGGCGGCGCCGCGCAGCAGGCGGCGGCGCCCUCGGGCAAGGCGCUGCCUCCGAGCGGCAGCCGGCCGCCGGGCCAGGCGAAGCCCGCCAAGCCGGCCUCCAGGAACAGCUCCCUCAAGAAGCAGAGGCCGUCGGCGCUGGCCGGCGUGCAGCAGGCCGUCGCCUUCCUCACGGAGCGGGGCCUCACCAACGACAUCGACCUGGAGAGUCAGGCCAUGAGAAUAGUGAGAACAGUCGGCCAGGCGUUCGAGGUGUGCCACAAGAUUUCCGUCAAGGACACGCCACCUUCGCCCGAGCCAGCCGAAGACGAAGCCAGCGAGCACGGAUCCGAACUGUCAACAGAUAAGCCUAGGAAAGAUUUGCUCGACACGGAGAGCGGGCAGGAGGACCUGGUCACCCUCACGCCCUCGGACACUGUCAACGAGGACUCCGUAGAGCUCCUGCCGCAGCGACCCAACAAGCUAGAGCCUCUCGCGCCCCCGGCGGGAUCGGACAUCCUCUCAAAGAGUGUGGGCGAGACCUACGCACUUGAAGCUCAGGCCCGCACACACCAGCUCCUCGUCCACAACAAGGAGCUGCUCGAGCACAUCCAGGCGCUGGUGCUGCAGGUGCGGGACCUCGAGGUGAAGCUGUCCGGCCAGCAGAGCGCCACGAUGCCCUCCACGCAGCUGCUCCCGACGCCUCCGGAGCUAAAGGCACAGCUCUUGGUGCCCGGCGCUAGCCCUGGCCACACCAGCCAGCUGGCGGCGGCGUUGGACCUCGGCGGCGCGGCCCCGCUCUUCCGCCCCCCGGAACCCCCGCCCACGCCCUCGCCCGGCAUAGCCCAGCAGUCGUUCCUUUUCCCCUCGCCCACCUCCCCAACCAACUCCGCCCCCUCCCUCCUGGGGGCGCUGCAGCUGCCGGUCCUGGUCCAGGACCCCAGCUCGGCCCCCCACUCCCGCGAGCCCUCCCCCCGCGUCCCCUCUCAAGGGCCGCUCAUCCAUCCCCUCCCCGUGUGGGCCACCGACGGCGGCCGCGGCGGGGAGCUAACUCUGGCUGUGCCCCGGCAGGACCCCCUCUCCGCCCCCAAGCUGCAGGGACUGCCCCGGCCCCGAGGCGCGCAACGCUACGAGGAGUGCAGCAGCACGCCCUCCCUCAGCAGCGAGAGCGACCCCAAGCGCGACAGCAGCGGCCAGUCGUCGGGCGAGAGCGUGACGCAGGCCGUGGCGCAGCUGUACGCCCUGGAGCCGCAGCGGCUGGCGCAGGUGCCGGAGGACGCCGUGACACUGGGCCCUUACGGCCCGACGCCGCUCGGGACACCGCGCAACCUCAACGGGCCCAUCACCCGCACCGCCAGCGAGCGUGUCUCACGCCAGGAGACCCUGGCGCAGCUGCAGCGCAUGGCGUGGGCGCGACACACCACCAAGUGAGGUCGCCGCGAAGCCUCGCCGGCGAAGCCUGCAAGUGACGGUCUGCUCGUCCCGUUCAAGAACGCAAUCAACUUUUCCGUCUCUCCAUCCCUAAAUAAUCAAAACAAAAACAUAAGUGAUGUGAAUAGAAAAUAUAUAUAUACGCAGAAUAAAAAAAAAAUACGCAUUCUCAAAACAAAUAUGUUCAGUGAUAAUACAAGUGCAGGUGUUACUGACUUCCCCCUCCCCCCUCGAGGAUGACGUGGUGUUGCGUUCCGUCGUGGAGCCGCGCGGAGGGCCCGAGCGCCCCCCGGCCUCUCACCCUUCGCCUCUCACCCUUCGCCCCGCCCACACCCUCAUCUCCUGUGAUAGUCGAACGUCCCACCAGUGUUUGUGGCGUUUUGUGGAUCGCGCGAGCUUGACCUGACUCGCCCGGGGCUCCGCGUGGAACAGUUCAACAACAGGCUGCUUACCUCUCGAACCCUCCUUUUUCCAGUAACAGUUGUAAGAAAUGUAUCAUAAGUGUGUUUGAUAAUGAAAGGGAGACAGUCACUUCUUAUCUAUAGCCAGCCACUCAUUUAGUCUCAUUAAAAGAUAAGUAUGAUUUUAAGGUAUUUAAUCUAGCUUUAGUGAUGGUGAUUGAAUCUCCAGUUAAGACGAGAGCGAAACGCGCAUGCGGACAGACCUGUGCGGUUCAGACUGCGGAAUCUCACUGAAGUAGCCAUUGUGUGUAGGUGUGGAGUCGUGGUGUCCGAGAGUGGCCUCAGGAUUGUUCAGAGUUGAUGUCAUACUCAUGCCAUAUCAUCAGUUUUGCCAGAUGGGAAUCAUGCACAAAGGUCUCACUCUUAUUAGUCAUGCGUCUGGCAACACUGCAUAUAUCAUCACGAAUAGCCAUGCUCCCAACACCAUAUUCCUUUGUAUAUAGUACCAGUGUAGGUUAAGACACCUGUUCUGUAUAUUUUUAUGUACACUUCAAUACAAGGCGGGAAGACAAAUCAUUUCAAUAAACGCUGUAUGUAAUGCUAAGGAUCUGGACUCUCAAGAGACUUAAACUGGAUGUGUUUACCUUCGUCUGUUUUGUAUUGUUAUUAUGUCCUGGUACUCUGCUAGCUGUGUACGUUAACCUUGUGUCUGAUAUUUCCCCUCGCCCAGUUCCUCAACCUUUAUUUAGUUUCGAUGAGGUCAUCACGCACAGUAGACGGUAGUGAUGACUGUAUUUUGUUACAGUGCCAAUAUAGUGCCAAAAAUGCUUUAUUAAGAUAUACUUAUAUGACUAUAAAUGCAUUCAGUAAAUGACAGUAUUGUGCAGUUUACACCCCACUCUGUCGAUUAUGGCGCUGGUGGGUAGACUACAUACACCUGAGUCUCGGUUAGAACGUCUUGCGUCUAAUGUAUAUAUGUAGUCUCGAACUGUCCAUAUAAAUGUAUCUUGGUGGAGAAUAUGAA